UAUCAGGCCAGGAUCAGGCCACGGGUCCAUGGAAAGGAGGGGACAGAAUGCUCAGGAAUAUGGCUGUUAACGUGCCUUGGAAACGGCUGGUCCGUUUCGUCCCUCGAUCAGAUCCGUCUCAGGUCCUCAUUGGACAGCCCCAGGACGACGACGUCGAUGUCGGUAUCGCUGUGCGGCGAGGGUUGGACGUCGCUGUCGAUGUCUUCUCCGGCUCAUCCGUCCUGUCGCCUGGCAGGCAGACCGGGACCAGCGCCAUUAUCGACCGAGUCCUGUCGCCUCUGGCGAUGUCCGAGGUCGGCACAAUUCGAUGCAUUGGGCUGAACUACAAGCAGCACGCCGCCGAAGUCAACAUGGCCUUGCCCACCGUCCCGACCGUGUUCAUGAAACCAAGCACCUCGCUCGGCGACCCGUGGCCGGCGCCGACCGUCCUCCCCAAGCUCACCCAGCACGACGACAGCGGCGACUACGAGGCCGAGCUGGGCGUGGUCAUCGGCGCGGCGGCCAAGAACGUCGCGGAGGCCGACGCCCUGGCCCACGUGCUGGGGUACACGGCGUGCAACGAUGUGUCGAGCCGCGCCGCCCAGUUCGCACAGAGCCAGUGGUGUUUCUCCAAAGGCUUCGACGGCGCCUGUCCCAUUGGGCCGACGCUCGUGUCGCCGGCCCUGAUCCCGGACCCGGCCAGGCUGCAUCUGAGGGGCCGCCUGAAGAAGAAGGACCAGCACGGCGACGGCAACGACGUCCCGCCGCUGCGGCUGCUUCAGGACUGCGGCACCGACGACCUCAUCUUCUCCAUCCCCCAGCUGAUCAGCUUCUUGUCCCAGGGCACGACGCUGCUGCCGGGCACGUUGAUCAUCACGGGGACGCCCGCGGGGGUCGGCAUCGUGAGGAAACCAAAGGUCACGGUCAAGCACGGCGACGAGUUCCACGUCGAGAUUCGGCCGUAUAUCGGCACGUUGGUGAAUGUGUUUGAGAAUGAGACGUGAUCAUCUGUCUGUCAGGCCGAUACAUUCGAAGGCGGAGGACGGAUCCAGAAUUUUAUCUCUGUGAGCGAAAAAAGGUUGAGGCUAGAGGACCAUUUUCUUGGAUUCUGGCUAUCGAGAACUGCAUGACGAGCUUGGAUAGACCAAGGCAACAGCUAGUUGAGGGUGAAAUGUGGGCCCAACUGUUCACAAUUAUCCAUCAACCUGCCAUUUGGAAAUCGAUGUGAAGAUAUAAAGAUGCCGGCCACUCUUGUAGCCAAACAUGCUUGC